UCUCGGCUCCCCGCUCCCUCCGCGGCUGCUCCGGCUCAGGGCGCGCGCAGCCACAGCGCCCGCAGAGGCCCGGGCCCCCAGCGGCACGUGCGGCGUCCUCGCGGGUGCGCCGCCGCCGCCGCCGCAGGACGAGCUUCCGGAGGCGAUGCCGCCGCCGCGGGCCAGCCAAGGCGACUCCGCCGGAGGCCUCAUCAUCCAGGUGGAUGACUCGAGGCCCCUGAAGGACGCCUUCGAGGCAGCUCUUGGCGAUGGCCGCUUCGAGGCGGCGGUCGCCGAGGCGCUGGCAGCAGCGCAGCCAGCGCAGGCCGCAGCACCCGUGGCGCAGAUGGGAGAGAGCGUGAGGGCUUCCGACAAGAGGCGCCAUGCGAAGGGGCAGGAGCUGGAUGAAGGGAAAGCUAUGCCAACUGGGCCAGAGGCCGAAGUAGUGGCCCUCAGGCGUCGCGCACAGGAAGCCUUCUCCAAGGCAGCGGUGGCUGCGGCCGCGCACGACGACGCACCUGCCACGCCAGAGGCCGGGCUCGCGGCCGACAGAGGCCUUGUGCGGGACGCCUUCGAGGCAGCCCUUGGCGAUGGUCGUUUCGAGGCAGCGCUCGCUGGGGCCGCGCGCGACGACAGACCAGCCAGGCCAGAGGCCAGGGCCGUUGUCUUCAGGCGCCGUGCGCAGAAUGGUGUCGAGGCAGCUCUUAACGAUGGUCGCUUCGAAGAAGCGUUGGCUGUGGCCGAGCCCCUGGCCCUCAGAGCAUGUGUGCGGGACCUCCUCGAGAAGGCCAUGGGCGAUGGUCGCCUUGAGGCAACCUUGACUCCUGCCGCGCACGACGACACACCGGUCCGACCAGCGACCGAUGUUGUGGACGUCAGACGUGUUUUUCGGGACGGUUUCGAAGCAGCCCUUCGCAAAGGUCAUUUCGAGGCGGCGUUUUCUUCGACACGACGUGGCGACGCAUCCACCAGGCCUGAGGCCGGGGUAGUCGCGCGCGACGACGCACCGGCCAGGACAGAUGCCGAGGUCGCGGCCCUGAGACAUCGAGUGCAGGACGGUGUCGAGGCAGCUCUUGGCGAUAGUCGCUUCGAGGAAGCGUUGGCUGUGGCCGCACACGGCGGCGGGGAUGGUGGCCAGCAAGAGUGGGCGGGACUGCCGCAAAGGAAGGUCUCAUGGCACUGGCACUGCCUCAAGAGCAGCGCUACCACCGACACCGCGGGCCAGCGACAGCGAAGCAUCCCUUCCGCACAGGCACUAGCGCAGCCAGCGCAUGCGGGAGAGGGCGCGACUUUCAGGGCAUGUGUGCAGGAACUCUUGAAGGCAGCCCUUGUUGAUGGUCGCCUCGACGCGGCAACUGCUGUGAACCCGCGCGACGGCAGACCGACCAUGCCGGAGGCUGAGGUCGCCACUUUGAGACUCCGUCGGCAGGACGCCUUCGAGGUAUCCCUUGACGAUGGUCGCCUCGAGGCAGUGCCGGCGGCGCUAGACCGCGACAGCGGAAGAGACGCUGCCAAGCAGGCUGACCAGCAAGAGUGGGAGGCGAUGCCUCCGAAGAGGAGCUCGGUGAGGCUCCUGGCCAGCUCGCGGGUGGAGCCGCUGUCCGAGUUGAACUCGCAGGGUGGAGGCUCGGCCGAGGAGGCCGCGCACAGUGCAGCCGACAAGGACAGGGCGAGGUCGGUGCCGAAGGCAGAUCCGAUCGAGCGGACGAGAGAGGAGGUGACGGCCAGCAUUAAAGACAGGACAAGCAGGGCCGCAGCGAUGCCGAAGGCGACUCCGACGUGCAGAGGAAGGGCGGAGGCAUGCGUGGCACCCACGGGCCUCGCAAGAGGUGCGCGGGCCGGCGCGGCUGCUGGCCAGUCGCCGCGGGCGCCCGCCACGCACGUGCUGCGGGCGGCGGCUCGGCAGGGCAGCGCGGCCCUCGGCGAUGUCAACCCACGAGGCCGGCUGUGCGCCUGGCAGCGCCCUGGCCAGAAGUCGUGGGCGCCGCCGACGAAGAAGCCCGCGCCCGCACCUCCGCCCGCCCGUGCACUGCCCGGGAGACCUGCCCGUGCAUCGCCGCGUGGCCACCCGUCGCCGCCGCCCACGCCGACGGUGGCGCCGUCGCGAGCGGGCGGGCCGCCCGCGGUCGCGGCGCGGUGGACGCACUGCGACCGGCAGAUCGAGAGCCUGGAGGCCGAGCUCCUGGCGAAGAGCGGCAGGGUGCAGCAGCUCGAGCAGGCGAUGCACGCGAGGCUGGAGGAGCCGCGGCCACGUGGCCCCAGCGGCGCCACGGGCGUGGGCCCUGCGGGCGCGGGCGCCGCGGCGCUCUUCCAGGCGCUCGGCCACAGAGUUGCUGGGCACCUCUCGGUCCGGCUGCUGCGCCUGUCGUGGCUGCUCUCCCGGCCCGGGCAGCCCGCGGCGCUGCCCUGCCGCCAGGCGCUGCCGGAGGAGGCCUUCGUCGGCGCCGAGGAGCUCGAGCGGGUGUGGGAGGCCAGCGGCUACGGCGGCGCCGUGGACGGAGCGCUGCCCGUCGUCGCGUUCUCCCUGUGCUGGGACACGCCGCAGCACCCAGACCCCGAGGGGGUCCAGCUCGGCCUGGCGACGCGCGCGCUGGCCCGGCAGGCGAGCAGGUACAGGCGAGCGUGCGGCAGCUUCGGCGGCUUCUCCGAGGUGGGCGUCUUCUGGGACUGGGGCUCCCUCCUGCAGGAGCGCCCCGUGGAGCCGGCGGUAGAGCCUGCACCCGAGGAGCCCCAGGGCAUGGGACAGCGUGCGGGAGGAGCCUCCCGCACGCCCGAGGAGAAGGAAGCCUACGACUACGCGCUUCGCGAGACCAUGGAUUUGUGGUAUGCCCACGCAGGGACGACCGUCUUCUUGCUCACGCAGCAUCCCAAGGAGCGCCGAUGCACGCGCGAGAACGGCCACGAGGCGUCGGGCUGGACGACCUUCGAGAGGUGCUCCGCCGAGCUGGUCAAGCGGACGCGCAGGCACGAGGCCGGCUGGAAGGCCGUGGUGGAGCUGGCCGGCGCUGCCGACGUGCGUGCAGCGGAGCGCCGCUGGCCCGUCGGCCCCGACGAGUUCGACGAGCUCAUCGAGGCCCGGGCGUUCUCGGUCGCCACCGACCGGCACGUGGUGAAGGGGCUGUUCCGGAGGACGUGCGAGAGCCAGUUGAGCGUCGCCGAGGCCCUGGACCUCGAGGGCAUGCGGCCGCCCACGGCGCGCGAGGCGGCCGGGCUCGGCGGCUGCCUGGCGCUGUGCGCCCGGCUGCGGGCCCUGGAGCUCCACGGCACCCCGCUGUCGGAGGCGGCCUGCGCCGCCCUGUUCGGGCGACUGCCGCAGGGCGCGCUGCCCUCUGUGCGGCGGCUGGUCCUGAGCGGCAGCGAGCUGGGUGCGGCUGGCCUCCAGGCCCUCCUCGCCUCGCUGGCGCAGGAGGCC